AUGGGGCUCUGCGUAAGCAAACAGAAGCCCGUCAAAUCAAAUGCCAAUGGGCACACACCCGUAAAUGGAGUCCACCACCAGCAGACCCCAAUUCAAUUCACGAUGUCUCCCGGCUAUGCAGCUCAGUUGCCCCACGUAAUUCCUCCGGCCAGCCCCGCGCCGCCGCCCGCACAGAAAGCAAACACGAUUCUUGGGAAGCCAUACGAGGAUGUCAAAGCCCAUUACAGCCUGGGGAAAGAACUUGGGAGGGGCCAGUUUGGUGUCACUCAUCUCUGCACUGACAUUGCAACUGGGCAGAAAUAUGCUUGCAAGUCGAUAUCCAAGAAGAAACUUGUUACCAAGAGUGAUAAAGAGGAUAUGAGGAGAGAGAUUCAGAUAAUGCAGCAUUUGAGUGGGCAGCCUAAUAUUGUGGAGUUUAAGGGUGCUUAUGAGGACAAGCAAUCUGUGCAUCUUGUGAUGGAGUUGUGUGAAGGUGGAGAGCUUUUCGAUCGGAUUAUCGCCAAGGGACACUACAGCGAAAGGGCAGCUGCUUCAAUCUGCAGGAGCAUUGUAAAUGUUGUCCAGAUUUGUCAUUUUAUGGGCGUGAUGCACCGUGAUCUCAAGCCGGAGAAUUUCUUGUUGUCGGACAAGAGUGAGAAUGCUCUCUUGAAAGCUACAGAUUUCGGACUAUCCGUUUUCAUUGAAGAAGGGAAGAUAUACAAGGAUGUAGUUGGGAGUGCUUAUUAUGUUGCGCCAGAAGUUUUGCGUCGCAAAUAUGGAAAGGAAGUCGAUAUUUGGAGUGCUGGAGUCAUGUUAUACAUAUUACUCAGCGGUGUACCUCCUUUCUGGGCUGAGACUGAGCGAGGAAUAUUUGACUCUGUACUAAGAGGACAUGUGGAUUUUGAAAGUGAACCUUGGCCAUCAAUAUCAGCUAGUGCUAAGGACCUCGUUAGUAGGAUGCUUACUCAGGACCCAAAGAAACGCAUUACGGCUGCUGAAGUUCUUGAGCAUCCAUGGAUUAGAGAAGGUGGAGAAGCAUCUGAUAAACCAAUAGACAGUGCAGUCCUCACCAGGAUGAAGCAAUUCAGAGCAAUGAACAAGCUCAAAAAGCUUGCACUGAAGGUAAUAGCAGAAAAUCUUUCUACAGAAGAAAUUCAAGGGCUGAAAGCAAUGUUUACAAAUAUGGACACUGACAACAGUGGCACCAUCACCUAUGAAGAACUUAAAGCUGGUUUGGCUAGACUUGGAUCAAAACUUACAGAGGCCGAAGUCAGGCAGCUCAUGGAUGCUGCUGAUGUGGAUGGAAAUGGAUCGAUAGAUUACAUUGAGUUCAUCACCGCCACGAUGCACAGACACAGAUUAGAAAGAGAGGAAAACCUUUACAAAGCAUUCCAAUACUUUGAUAAAGAUAGCAGCGGAUUCAUAACAAGAGACGAGCUUGAAACGGCUAUGCAAGAAUAUGGGAUUGGCGAUGCGUCAACCAUAAAAGAAAUAAUAGCUGAAGUGGACACAGACAAUGAUGGAAGAAUCAAUUACGAAGAGUUCUGUACCAUGAUGAGAACUGGAAACCCACAGCAACCCAAGCUCUUCUAGCGCCAAACACAGCAACUGUGCUGUGUGAGACCAUCUGCUAGCAAUGUAUCAUAUCCACUCACAUGUUUCUAUUCCUUGUCCCGGCUAGUUCUGGAAAUAAUCUUUGUUUUUCACAUCUGUUUUGUUUCUAUUAUAUGAGGAAGGCUACACCUUUUUCGUACAAUAUCUGCUUCAUUAUACCAUGUAAACAUCCAACCCAAAAUUUCCAAGUUAAUGGUUCGAUUUCUGACAACAUAUAAUGUAAUGCGACAGAAAUGUGAUAAUGAACACAAGUAGGUGUAGCAAUCUUUGCAUUCAAUUCCA